GGAAGUGACGUCCGCCGGCCUCAUUCUGCACUACUCAGCUGCUGUUAGCGGGCUGCUACUAGACGGACUGUCGAGAAAUCGACAAACCCCGUCAAAAACAAAUAUAUCUGGAUCCCCUGCGUUUGUACCCGUCAUCAUGCCCAUGUACAAGGUGAAGCCCGUCACUCCCGGUGACAUAAAGAUCGAUUUGCCAGCGUGCAUGUACAAGUCACCGAAUAUCCACGCGCAGGGGAUGAACUGCGGAGAGCACGCGCUUCAGAACGGGGGCGUGGAUCCUGCUCUGAAGAGGCUGGAGGGGCGUCAGGAUGAGGUCCUGAGGAGACUGUACGAGCUGAAGGCAGCGGUGGACGGGAUCACGAAGACGGUGACCUCUCCUGAUGCAGACCUGGAUGUCAGCACAGGGUCACGCCGACCGGCUGAUUCUGUGUUCAGAGGAACGGCAGAUCUAGACUCCCUGCUGGGCAAGGACCUGGGUGCGCUGAGAGACAUCGUGAUCAACGUCAGCCCUGGCCGUCCUCCUCUGUCCCUGCUGGUUCUCCAUGCUCUGCUGUGCCAGCGCUACCAGGUGCUCUCCAGUGUGCACGUGCACUCCUCGGUGAGCGCUGUGCCCCCCCCGCUGCUGUCCUGCCUGGGCCCGCGCCACACAGACAGCUACGCCCGCCAGCGCUUUCAGCUCGGCUUCACGCUCAUAUGGAAAGAUGUGUCAGAGCUGCAGAUGAAGUUCAACACGCAGAGCAUGUGCCCGAUUGAGGGCGAGGCCAACGUGGCCCGCUUUCUCUACCGUCUCUUGGGUGCCGGACCCCAGGACCCGGUCGCCGCCACACAGAUGGACUGCUGGAUCGACACGGCAGUCUUCCAGCUGGCCGAGGGGGGCAGUAAAGAGCGGGCGGCCGUGCUGAGGUCACUGAACGCGGCUCUGGGACGUUCACCGUGGCUUCUGGGUCAGGAGUUCUCUCUGGCAGACAUCGUGUGUGCCUGCUGCGUCCUGCGGGCCGGCCAGGCCUCCUCUGCUCCAGUUAACGUCCAGCGCUGGCUCAAGUCCUGCCAGAACCUGGGUCACUUCGACUGCGUGUAUCCAUUACUACAGUGACGAGAGCUGGGAGAUCAGUACAGGUCGUGCUCCCGCUGUACAAGAGGAAACUGUCAACUAAAUAAUAAAAAAGGGAAAUGUAACCUGUUCUGCCAGCAAACACUGUUACGUCCCAGAAUCUGGUGUGAACUGAGCUCAGGUCUGUUAUAUGGGAUGUUUAUAGAGGAUGUCAUGUUGAUCUGAAGCUGAUCCCAGGUCAGGGUCAUAGAUGCAAACACUCAGAGAGAGGGCAUUUGCCUAAUAAAACAUUGUACUAGAA